GCAGAUGGCUCGGGAACUAGUGGACCGUAACCGGGAUGUUUUCUCCUCUCUUCCCGGGCACACGGAAGUGACCCAGCACGAGAUACGCACCGUGCCAGGCAAAACGGUGAACCAGCGCCCGUACCGGGUGCCGGAGGCUCAUAAGGGGGCCAUUCAGGAGGAGGUUCCCCUGACGCCGGCGUCUAAGGAGAAGACUGCCUUUGCGACACAGGAGGGGCUCUACCAGUAUACCCGGCUCCCCUUUGGUCUCCACGGAGCACCGGCCACGUUCCAGCGAUUGAUGGAUCGGGUCCUUGCUCCCCAUAAGAGGGCUCACAGCAAACCCCAAGAAGUGCAGGCUGGCUUUCAGCGAGACAAACUACCUGGGGUACACCAUUGGGAGGGGUUUGGUCAAGCCCCAGGAAGCCAAGUUGCGGGCCAUACAGGACUGGCCACAGCCCAUCACCAAGAAACAGGGCGGGCAAGAGCCACAGCAACGCGGAUGCACUCUCCAGACGGGACGCCUUCUACACCUCCUACACAUCGACGAGGACGUCGGUCUCGAGGGGGGGGAUGUGUGAUGUCACGAGAGGCUUGGUCUUGGAAGGGAGAUACGUUCACCGGCGAUGGCUCUAACUAUGGCUCCAUCUGCUGGUGCCCCGAAACUCAGAGCAUUCCCCUCACACCUGAGACCCAUCAGGGUGUGACGACCCGGAGGCCUUCAUAAAGGUGGAAGACACACCGUUGGAGAGAGACGAGCUGAGAAGAGCAGACCAAGCCAUAAGGAUUCGAGGAGGCAGGAGAGACCGGGAGGACGGUGUUGUUUUCCUUACAGAAGUGGAUUUCCGUUAAGUUAAGUUCGGCAAAGAUUGACCGAAGCCUGAGUU